AUGCCUCCAAAGAUCAUACCACGUCCAAGGCAAUCCGCUCGGAAAAAUCGAGACACCACACAAGAGUAUGAGUCCCUGGACGUUGUGAGCACACCUUCAUCCAAGGAAGCUCUAGCCAACGAUGACAACGAGGUCCAAGAUAUAUCUGGAUCUGGCAACGCAGAACAGACGGAUGUACCAGAGACACAGCCUGAAAUUUUCACUUCUCGAGAUGUAUCAGCAUCCACACCGACCGUAGUCGCGGGCUCUCCACCUCCCAGACGCUCGGUGCAACGACUAAAAUCUGCCUUGCCGCGAAACUCACCGAACCCUGCUUCCAACUCAAGUGUAGCAGAUGGCUUAGACAAUCGACCCACUGGUCUCAAAUUUAAGCCCAAAUCUUUCAUUCGCCGCAGCAAAGAGGAGCGAGAAGCUGAAGAGAAGGCUGAAGCUGUGCGAAGGGCAGCAAGGCAAGCCGUAGAAGGAACGUCAUCUACGAGCGACCGAGGUGGAAAUUAUGGCAGAGGAAGAGGACGUGGACAGCGCGGAGGCUUUGGCGACAUGAGCAAAUGGAAGAACGAAAGGUUCAAUCUCAGUCAUGAAGCUAGUGGGCAUCUAGGUGGGAGUACGAUACAGGAAGCAGCUAUGAGCAGAAACAGGCGUGGCGGGGGUUUUCGAGCAGGAAAUGCAGGCCCGUCCGAGGCAGUUUCUACCAGUGGUACGUCCCGCGUCAAGAAGGAGCCCGCUGUGAAGCCAGAAAAGGACAGAGAUGGAGACGUGAUUAUGAGUUCGUCAACCUCCAAACCAAAGCGGACGAAAGUCAAAAAGGAGGAUCAAGGCCCAACCUACGUUUCUUCCGAAGGCGAGCUGGAUUCUGAUGGAGGAGAACGAGUCAACAUCGAAGAUAUCAACAUCAUCAACCUCGUCUCAUCUGAGGAUGAGGAUGAGGAGCCAGUUCAGCCCUCCCGUAUUUCGAAAGGGAAGCGGCAUGAAGCAACGCCGCGGGUACCCGGUAGCAAUCUCAUGCCUGUCCGAAUUCAAAGACAAGAGCAUGUGGAGCGGGCUGUUGGUGUAAAUACAGACGCUAGUUCUCUGACAUCGGCAGAAUUACGGCGUAGAGCAAAAAUCCGAGCUGAGGCUGGAGGUAGCCUUUUUCUGCCCGAAGGGGAUGAAGCGGACGUCUUGUCAGCUACGAAACCCAAGACUGAAAGGAAGCCUAAGGAUGUGGAGUUCGUACGUAAUGAGCGAAAAUGGAAGGGUGUUUAUCAGGACGAGGACGACCGGGAGGGCAUCGUCAAGAUCAAAACUGAGCCAAAAGACGACAGAGAUGUCAUGUUGACUGACAGGUCCAUGGGCGAUGGGGAAACAGAGCCAGUUCCGCUCGACGACAUUGACCUUGCCAAUACAUCUACGCGGCCUACUGUGAGCGACAGCGACGGCACUCUCAAAUCCCAGGCAUCGCUCGAAGGUCCGGGAGCAGCGCCAGAGGGAGAUCCCCUUCCGCACUCUGGUGAGAGGCUUCGAAGGAUCAAAGGUUAUCACGGCCUCAGACCAGUAGAGGUCUCUGAGGAAGAGGAAGAGGACGAAAUAUUUGCAGAAAUCGCGGACAUCGUGUUAACAAAGAACGACGUUCCUAUGGAUACUUCCCGUCCUGAGCUUGCUUCUUCUACGAAAAUUCCCGAUGAUGAUGGCGACCUGGACCUGGAUAACGAGGGUGCUUAUUUCCAGAGAGGCGGGAAGGAAGAAGUCUAUUUGUUCCAGCUUCCGCCUGUUGUACCUAGCCUACGAGACAUAUCAAAAGCAACAUCGAAAUCCGAAGACAAGAAAAAGAACAAGGCAGUAUCAGCUGAAGCUCCAAGAUCCUCAGCUUCAAGAACCCCGUUAAGUACCCAGAUCAAAGACGAACCCAACAUUAAACCCGAUCCUGACGAGCUACACCACGAGACUGCCGUCCCCCACGCCUACACAUCCGACUCCUUCCACCCCACAGGUGGCUGGGGAGGUGCUCUCAGCAUCCAUGCCAAAGGUUCUAUGCUAGCAACAUGGGGCGGUAUGAGCUUCGAAAUCAGCAAAGAAGGCACUGGCGCAAAGCUGGCGCAAGAGUUGAUCAUGACGGAGUUUGAAAGUGCGCUAACGAAAGUGGAAGACGAGAGCAGAUGGGAGGAGAAAGUCGAUGUAGGUAAAAUGGGAUACGCGAUGGGACAGACCCAUCCAGGGCAUGUGUGUAUACCCGAAUUGAGCGAUCUGCUUUCAUGA